AUGGCCUCGUUCCCCCAAUUCACGCGGCUUCCUACUGAGAUUCAAUGGGUGAUCUGGGAGUUGGCUCUCUCCGAGUCCAACACUCACUUCCUCACCAUGAACUCGGGGCAUCAUUCCCUCGGCCAACUCAGCCCCAUCUAUGGUCCAGUUCCGAACUUGGCAGCAUUUGGUCAGUCGUUGCUAAGUCUGAACCCCUCCCCUCUCAGCUUCGCUCAAUCCUGGUCUCGUGUUUCAGCCAUUGCCAGCUCUUGCUACAAAGCUAAGAAGACUGCAGUGCGCCUCCACAAGAAGGAUCUUGAAUCUGGUAAUCGUGGCCCAUUCCCUCUGUUUGAUGCAUCUCAAGAUAUGCUGGUCAUAUCAACCAUCCACGCUAUAGAUACUUCCGAGCCACCCGCCGACGCUGAAGACAUGGAUACUUCGGAGCCCGAACAGCCAGAAGUUCCUGAACCAUUCACUCAACUUACUUUUGAACCCGUGGACAGUGUUGGUCACUGGCGGCGCCGGUACCCUCUUCUUGUUCCAGACUUGCCUGCCACCGGCUAUCUGGCCAACAUCACCUCUGUAGCCAUCUACUGGAAGCCGGAGAUGGACGAUGCUGUCGUCUGCCGUCAGAUUCAGUGGCUUUGGGAUGGCGAUGCGUGCCCUAAACUCGAGACAAUCUACAUUGAUAUCAGCAUGAGAUCCAAGAGGUAUAGGUGGUUUCACUGCACUUUGCAGAAUCAUGUCCACCUUGCUGCGCGCAGGCGGACCCGUACUGUUAAGGGCGUGGUAGAUAUCCAUGUAAGGAACCUCACUGCUUUUUAG